ACAUAAUUAUUUCCUGUCAAGGUGAAAGGAAGGAAAGUUACAAAUCAUUUUUUUUAUAUUUUGAACUCUAAUAAGAGGAAAUGUUUAAAUUAAAGUCAUGUAUUGUAUCAUGAUGUAGAGAUACUGGGAUUGAAAAUGAGAAUUUCCCAACUGUUUAGUCUUUUCUUUAAAUUUUCAGAACUGUCGGCUGAAAACGUUUUAUACCAUUUUAAAGAUGAUACAGUCAUCUUACCAUGUUAUCAAUUCUUAAAUGAAACGAUAGUAUGGCAGGGACCAGGAAAUUAUUCUACAUAUGGAAUCGGGAAAAUCAUAGAUCCAAAAUUGUCUAAAUCCAAAAGACUAUCCAUAAUACAUGUAAAUGGAAGUCUUCAGUAUAAUUUACAAAUUAGACAUUUUUCCAGUGAAGAUGAAGGGCAGUACAAAUGCAUUAGAGGCGGAUCACUGAAAGGUGUAAAAGAGGAAUUUUUUAAUUUGACAAUUGGAAGUAAGUCAUUACUAUAGGUUUAUACAUACUUCAAAAUAUCCUCAAUUUCAAAGUUUCUUUUUUGAUAAAACAUCGCUACAUACCAUUUUAUUAAUAAAACAGUUUGAAUCAAACGUGAUUACACCAGCAUACAUUCUUAACAUACACAAUUUUAAACAUAUUGUUAUGUGUUUGCAAAUUGUUUAAUGACUUUGUCAAGACCUGGGUUUGACACAAGCACCUGAAAACAGACGACGUCUUUCUUUUUUUUAUCUUUUUUUCACCCUUAUGAUUCUUUUGUAGACAAACCAUGCGUCUUGCGUACCAACAUAGAACACUGGUAUCAUUGAUGAGUUCAAUAUUUACGGGUAAAAUGAUACACAAAUAUGUUAUGAUUUAUUUACUAUACAACACCAAUGUAAAAUAUAUUCACAGUCUUAGUAUAAGGCCUGACGUUGUACUAUAUGUUUAACUAAAACUAUUUGUAACCUUGAAAAGUACAUGUGUUAUAUAUAUUGUUCUUCUAAAACUAUCCUUUUGCACUAGCUUUCGUAUAUUUCAAAAUGUAUUAUUUUGAUUGUGUGUGAAUAUAUGUGUUUCAAAAUACAAGUUUGCAAGGAAUCAAACAUUGAUAAAACGUAUAUAUAUAUAUAUAUAUAUAUGAUACACUUUAGCAAGGCCCAGCAACUUAACGAUAGUAGAGGCAGAUUCUCAACACAUCGUGUACGGAUAUCUGAAUCGUGUAUUGGAUUUAAGUUGCACUGUUAUUCACGGAAUUCCAAAGGGAAAACUAGUGUGGAUGGUUAACAACAAAAUUCUUGAAGAAAAAACAACAGCAUUGUUAGUCUAUUCAUUCAAACCUAAACAAGAUGACCAUUUGAAAAAUUAUACAUGUGCGACAAAAAGCAUUAUCGCACAAUAUGUUAUGGAGCGCACUGUUCAAUUGUUUGUCUACAUGCCGCCAAUUGUUUCGAUUUCCUACAAUAAAACCCUGGAUAUUUUUGAAGGAGAAGCUUUGACAUUGUAUUGCAACUACAGUUCAAACCACAAAGUAAAAGGGUUGAAAUGGCAGAAAAUGUUACCACAUAAAAGUCCAUUGGAUGAGCAAUCACCGUAUUUAAACAUUAAGAGCAUCACUAGACAAAAUGCAGGAAAGUACAAAUGCACUGUCACAAAUAUGGCCAGCAUCGCUUCAGAUUUUGUGACCAUUGACGUAUACUAUCCUCCAAAAGUACAUAUCAAAUUCGAAGAGCAUGGACAUUACAGACAAUUAAAUUGUUUAGCUAAUGGAGUACCAGAUCAAUAUAUCUUUACACAGUGGGAACAUAAGUCUGACUAUUAUGAUCUGAUCAGAUAUCUUCCCGACGAUGGCAGUGGUAGACUAAUACUUCCAAACAUCAAAGGAGAGACAGAUCGCCAUCACGACAGAGGAUUUUAUAUUUGUCAAGCUUCUAAUAAUGUGUCGUUGAAUGGUAGCAGCUCUUUCGUUCGUGGGGAUUUUUUUCUCAAUUCACCAGGAAAACCGUAUUUUGUUACCUCCAACAAUAACACGCAAUAUGGAAUAAAAGAUCAAGUGGGCAACCUAACCGUUAACUUUGUUAGUUUUCCAGAGAUUACGAAGUUUACUGUUAUUGGUGUGGAUAAGAUACAUCCUAACGACAAUCAUACUCUGGAAACUUGGAGGGUUAUAGACAAAGUAUAUAACAAAACUGUAUUUGUGAAUGGCAGUAGACUGGUCAUAUCAAUGUACAUAAGGAAUGAAAGUGAUUUCCGGUCAUAUACAAUAAAACUGAGAAAUAAGUUUGGAUCAGCCAACUUCAACAUUUCCCUUCGUUCAGCAAGUUGUCCUGAAACACCAGAAAUUAUGAAGAUAAUGCCUAAGACAAGUAAGAUCCUUAUCCAGUGGCGUGCAAAGUUUCAUGGUGGAUUCCCACAGUCAGUCGUCAUCCAGUAUCGUAGACGUGAUGUUCAGUACUGGAAUGAAAUACCUGUCUCAGGUCCUGGGAUGCAAAUUGAUUCUAUCGAUGGACUAACUUCUGGAACUGAGUACUUGAUUCGAAUUUACUCCGAAAAUAUAAAAGGAAAGAGUAACUUUACAGAUGUGAAACUCAUCAGAACAGGAUCUACAAAAGUCAGUGACAAUGAGACACUUGUAUUUUUUGUAUUGGUUGUUCCAUUUCUGAUAUCAAUUGGUGUCCUGUAUUGGCAGUAUAAAAAAGGAAAUGUAAGAGCACUUGAGAGAAUCAGUUGCUUCAAAAGGCAGCAAUUCAUUUACGAAGUUGGCGUUGGUGCUGUUGAGAACAAUGUUUACGAGAUGCAGAACAAUGUAGAACAGCAUGCAGUGGCACAGAAUGCAGUCGCACAGAACUUAGAUGUCCCUGUGUAUUCUUCUAUUGACAGACGAGCAAAUCUUACCAUAGGACAGACCGUCUCCUAUUCGACAACACCAAAACGGAAACGAAACUAUCUUGAAAAACGCAAAGAGAAUAGAGCUUCUGUUGGACAGGCUAGCGGAACUGUGAACUCUGCGACAAAGAAGGGUCCUGAUAGACUUAGCUAUAUUGAAGUUAGCUUUGAACCAAACCCAAACGAAUACAAGUUUUACAUUCAUGGUAGUGAAAACAGAACAAAUUAUGUUGACAUAGAUUUCUCAAAAAAAGUAUCUUCAUACGCAGAUAGUCACAGAGAAAGUGACGAUGACUCCAUUCCACAAGCAUGUGCGAUGCAAAACUAUGAGUAGUGAAAAAUACAAAAUCUGUUUUAUUUUAUUGUGUUAAUGUUUCAAUCAUUUCUUUCUUCAUAAUGUAUGUUGCGUUUGUUUUUUCAUGUGUAAAAAUAAUUAUUAAAAAUAUAUAUAUAUC